GUAAAUCUUGAUUCUUAUUACAGCACUCGAGUUCACUCUGAUUUGAUUGACUAUUAAAUGACUGUCGCACAAGAUACUGUCCAUUCCAGUGCUGACCAGAUGCAUCAUUCUGAGCAACAUUCUGUUAGACUUGCCAUUCUUUAUGGUUACAAUGGGACUGGGUUUGAUGCUCUUGAAAGAACAAAAGGAGAGGUCACAAUCGAAGGCACUUUGCUAGCUGUCUUGGCCUCCUUGCUAUCUGCUGAUGGUAAAGCUACUUUCACUAAUAUCUCCAGAGCGUCUACUACGGAAGCCGGUGAGCAUGCUUCGAAACAAGUCGUUUCAUUUGAGACUCAUGCACCAACUCCUAUUAUUCUACCUGCCGUUGAGGCUGUCAACAAACUGCUGCCCUCAUCCAUGCGUGUCUUUCGUAUCAUCCCCGUUGCUAGUGAUUUUUCUGCUCGCAGAACUUGUGAGGCUCGCACCUAUGAAUUUCUGAUCCCUACAUAUGCGUUUUCUCCUCCUCCAGCCGCUGCACAUUAUGCCUACGCUGAGCAAUAUAGCAUUCCUGAUUUACCCAUCAGCCCCUCUAGUCGCCCACAGGGCGACAUGUUCAAGACUAUGAAGCAUGGCCACUCUCUGAUGCGCCGUCAUACUCUUGGAAAAAACGGUGGUGUUGAUGAAAAAUCCGCAAACACUCCAUCUGUGCGUGCUGUUAGUCCUGACAGCUACUUGAAGGAGCACGGAGAAAAAACAGUCCAAGGAAAGGUCGUCGACGAAGAUGAGCCUGAACCUCGCGGUGCCAUGGCUCGCAUGUUUGGCUCAUGCUUCAUGGGACUCUGUCGCAAAAAGUCUGAGCUGACGGGGUCUGAGCAGCUCAAGGCUUCGCUUUACAACACACUUGAGAUCCCACCUGAUUCCAGUCAAACCGAUGAAUCUAGUGUCACUCUGCAACGCAAAAAUACUCAAAAUGCUAAUACCAAGGGUGCGGGAUCGUCUAUAUUUAAAGAUGAAAAUGAUGAGCCAGAUACGUUUGUCAAUACGCUUCAUCGCUCCAUGUCUCGUCACAAGAACUUUGAUCCCAAAGAGCUCAACAAGGAAGUUCCUCCAGAGUUUUUUGAUCCUCUAGUCAUUCCACCUCCAACAACCGAGCAAAAGGCUUCCAUCCGUGGAUAUCGCAUGUCUCAAUCUCAAAAGGUGUCACUGUGCAACAUAUUAUCACUGUUCAAUGGUACCCAUAAUUGGCACAACUACAUUCCCGGAGCCGAUCAAAGCGACCCUCGCUGCUACAUCCGCAUCAUCAAUAUUGAUGUGCGUGAUACUGAACUGCACGAGGGUAUGGAAUGGGUACGUAUAAAAAUACAAGCCCCUGCUUUUGCUCGUUAUCAAGUGCGUCGCAUGAUGGCUCUUGUGAUUAUGGUCUUGCGUACCAAUACUCCUCAUUCGGUUGUUGCCAACUCAUAUGGGUUUGCGAAAAUGGAAAUUCCUGAAGCACCCGCACUCUCUCUUGUUCUUGAUGAGCCCCAUUAUAACAACUAUAACGUGGAGGUAUUACAAUCUGCCAAGGAUCAAGGUAAGAUGCUUCGUCAGCCAGUGCAUUUUGGCGAGAGCAUUCAUGAGGUAGAAGACUUUCGACACAAUGCCAUUCAUGAGGCAAUCUAUGCAACUGAGCGUGAGCUGAUGGAGUUUGAGACCUGGUUGCGAUCGCUAGAUUCCUACUCGUUCUUGUACACCUGCUACUUGAACGAGCGUGGUGUUAUUUUGAAGAACCGAAAUUUUAUUCGUGAUGCAGAGCUCGAUUCUGAGACAACUCCUGUUUAGAGAUUGACUAGAUAUCACUUUUGAUUUUGUCCAAGUUUAGUUUUCUUUUAUUUUGCUGCUGUAACCUUUUCUUUCGAGUUAGGUGUUGCUGAUAGCUGCAGUAUCAAACCUGCCUUUCGACAUUACUAUUUGCAAACCCAACACCCAUGCUACUGUGCAGCCAUUUCAUGUUUUGUAUGGGCUGCCAUUUCAAGGCUUGAUCAACAGUAAACAAUUGCCAACGCAUGACCUACACUGGAUUUACUGUUUGUGGCUCUAUAGCCUUCCUCAAUUCGAUCAACUCUUUUUUACCACAUACUUUUUUGGACCCCAUCAACAAUGAAUACUUUUAUGCUUU